AUGCCGUCCACCGCAAGCGUUCGCAAGUUUCCCACCGUCAAGGCCGUGCGGUCAUUCGUCAUCGAUGGAGUCGGGUCUGGCGGAGACUAUCACAAUGUCCAGGGCGGUCACUGGCUCGUCGACACGGCCAUAUCCAACCCCUGCUCCCGAUGGGAUGAGUACCGCAGGUCGCGCACGAGCUGGGGCAUCAACGUCCUAGGCUCUUUUCUCGUCGAGAUUGAGGCAUCGGACGGCACCGUCGGCUUCGCAACCGGCUUUGGAGGCCCUCCCGCCUGCUGGCUCGUCCAUCAGCAUUUCGAGCGCUUCCUGAUCGGUGCCGACCCGCGCAACACGAACCUCUUGUUCGAGCAAAUGUACCGUGCAUCCAUGUUCUACGGCCGCAAGGGACUGCCUGUCGCCGUCAUAUCCGUCAUCGACCUCGCCCUCUGGGAUCUCAUAGGCAAGCUGCGGAACGAGCCCGUCUACCGACUGAUCGGCGGGGCCACCAAGGAGCGCAUCGACUUCUACUGCACCGGCCCGCAGCCGACGGCGGCCCGCGAGAUGGGUUUCUGGGGCGCCAAGGUGCCGCUGCCCUUUUGUCCGGACGAGGGCCACCAGGGUUUGCGGAAGAACGUCGAGUUCCUCCGUCGACACCGCGAGGCCGUCGGGCCCGACUAUCCCAUCAUGGUCGACUGCUACAUGAGCCUCAACGUCUCGUACACCAUCGAGCUCGUCAAGGCGUGCGAGGAGCUCGACAUCCACUGGUGGGAGGAGUGCCUGUCGCCCGACGACACCGACGGCUUCGCCCAGAUCAAGCGGGCCCACCCGACGGUCAAGUUCACGACGGGCGAGCACGAGUACUCGCGUUACGGCUUCCGCAAGCUCGUCGAGGGUCGGAACCUCGACAUCAUCCAGCCCGACGUCAUGUGGCUCGGCGGUCUCACCGAGCUGCUCAAGGUGGCCGCCAUGGCGGCCGCCUACGACAUCCCCGUCGUCCCGCACGCCAGCGGCCCCUACAGCUACCACUUUGUCAUUUCGCAGCCGAACACGCCCUUCCAGGAGUACCUCGCCAACUCGCCCGACGGCCGCAGCGUCCUGCCCGUCUUUGGCGACCUGUUCGCCGACGAGCCGAUGCCGACCAAGGGAUACCUCACCACGGCCGACCUCGACAAGCCGGGCUUUGGUCUGACCAUCACCCGGGCCGCCUGGUCCAAGCUCAUACCGUCGACGCAGCUGCUCAAUCCCUCGCCGGCGACAAACGCGCUGACGGCCCCGAGUCUCCCUGCGGCGCGCGAGCUCGACGUGAGCGACAAGACGGAACAAAAGGAGAACGGCAGCGUCCGGGAGGCUGUGACGGCCAAGGUCUAG